ACGAUUACGCGCGAACGCGAAAGGGGUAAACACCCGGCCGUGUCGUUCCGCCACCGCUGCUGCUGCGACUGCCGUUGCAUCUCAACCAUCUCAACACGCGCAAAAUGGUGGAUGCCUGACGCCUUCAAGACGCUUUUGCAGUAACCGGCGAAUAGGCUUCGGUUCAGAGACGAAAGUAAAACCUCCAAUCCAUUUCAGUGCCGGUUAAAUAAAGCACCUUACUUUACCAAGAUGAGUGAUGAUGAAUACAACCCCACUGCCAAUGGUGGUGGGGGGCAGAAAGCUAUUCCAGCAAAGCCUCAAAAGAAACUUACUGUUGAGAAGAUUUAUCAAAAGAAGUCUCAGUUGGAGCAUGUUCUUCUUCGUCCUGACACUUACAUUGGUUCUGUGGAACCUGUCACUGAGCAAAUGUGGGUUUAUGAUAAAGAGAAAGACAUGAUGGUCCAACAAGAGCUCAAGUAUGUUCCUGGCCUGUACAAAAUAUUUGAUGAAAUCCUAGUGAAUGCUGCUGACAACAAACAAAGAGACCCCAAAAUGGACUGCAUCAAAAUUGUGAUAAACAAGGAGCAGAAUCUUAUAUCUGUGUGGAAUAAUGGAAAAGGAAUCCCAGUUGUUGAGCACAAAGAUGAGAAAAUGUAUGUUCCGACCAUGAUAUUUGGACAUCUUCUCACUUCUUCCAAUUAUGACGACGAUGAGAAGAAGGUCACUGGUGGUCGUAAUGGUUAUGGUGCCAAGCUUUGUAACAUUUUUAGCACCAAGUUCACUGUGGAAACAUCAUCCAAGGAGUUUGGAAUGCAACUGAAACAAACUUGGGCCAACAACAUGAGCAAAGCAACUGAUCCUAGAGUCUCCAAGUGCACUGGCGAUGAUUUUACAAAAAUCACAUUCCACCCCGAUCUUACUAAAUUUAAAAUGACAGAAUUAGAAGAUGAUAUCAUCAAACUCAUGGAAAGACGAGCAUUUGACAUUGCUGCGGCAUGUGUUGGAGUGAAAGUCUACCUCAAUGGUGAAAAAGUGAAGGUUAAAAACUUCAAAGAGUAUGCUGAUUUUUAUUUGAGAGGCAUAGAUGAAGCUGAUAAAUCCACUCUUAUUUACGAGAAAGUGCAUGAACGUUGGGAGGUUGCCAUUUCUCUCUCUGAAAAGGGAUUUCAACAAGUCUCAUUUGUGAACAGUAUUGCAACAUACAAGGGUGGUCGCCAUGUUGACUGCAUUGUAGAUCAAAUAGUGAAGCACUUAAUUGAAGCUUUUAAAAAGAAGAAUAAGGGAGGAGUAGCUGUCAAGCCAUUCCAAAUCAAAUCUCACAUGUUCAUAUUUGUCAACUGUCUCAUAGAAAACCCCACAUUUGAUUCCCAAACCAAGGAAAACAUGACACUUCAAGUCAAAAGCUUUGGUUCCAAGCCUAAUCUUACAGAAAAAUUCUUUAAACAGGUGGACAAAAUGGGUAUUGUUGAGUCUAUUCAGGCAUGGGCUAAGUUCAAAGAAUCAACUGACCUGAAAAAGCAGAGUGGGAAGAAGUCCUCUAAACUGAGGGGAGUUGCGAAGCUGGAAGAUGCUAAUGAUGCUGGCACGAAGAAUUCCAUUGAUUGUACGUUAAUCCUUACAGAGGGAGAUUCGGCCAAAACUUUAGCAGUAUCGGGGCUUAGUGUGGUUGGCAGAGAUAAAUAUGGUAUUUUCCCACUUCGUGGUAAACUCCUCAAUGUCAGAGAAGCUACACACAAACAAAUCUUGGAAAAUGCAGAAAUUAAUUCAAUUAUCAAGAUCCUUGGGCUGCAGCACAAAAAGAAGUAUGAAACUCAGGAUGACUUGAAAUCAUUAAGAUAUGGCAAGCUCAUGAUCAUGACAGAUCAGGAUCAAGACGGCUCCCACAUUAAGGGUUUACUUAUCAACUUCAUUCACCACUUUUGGCCCUCAUUGCUUCGAUUGCCUUUCUUGGAAGAAUUCAUCACUCCACUUGUGAAGGCCCGGAAGAAAGAACAAGAGCUAUCUUUCUUCUCCCUGCCAGAAUUUGAAGAAUGGAAAAAGGAAACCAACAAUUGGCAUACCUUCACCAUAAAGUACUACAAAGGUUUGGGAACAUCUAGUGCCCAGGAAGCAAAGGAAUAUUUCUCAGACAUGGGACGUCACAGAAUCAAGUUCAAUUAUCAAGGUGCUGAAGAUGAUCACAACAUUAUAAUGGCUUUCUCCAAGAAAGAAGUUGAGAAAAGAAAGGAGUGGCUCACUAACUGGAUGGAAUCUUGUAAGAGACGCACAGAGCUUGGGCUUCCUGAGGAGUACCUGUAUAACAAGACAACGAAAUCUGUUAACUAUUCUGAAUUUGUCAACAAAGAGUUAAUCCUCUUCUCGAACAUGGACAAUGAACGCUCUAUUCCAUCAAUGGUUGAUGGUUUUAAGCCUGGACAGAGAAAGAUUAUUUACACAUGUUUGAAGAGGAAUGACAAGAAAGAAGUGAAAGUGGCACAGCUAGCUGGUUCUGUCGCAGAGUUGUCAAGCUACCAUCACGGUGAAGUGUCUUUGAUGGGAACCAUUAUUGGCUUGGCUCAAGAUUUUGUUGGUACUAACAAUAUUAAUCUUCUGCUUCCCAACGGUCAAUUUGGUACCAGGAUUUCAGGAGGCAAAGAUGCUGCCAGCCCCCGUUAUAUCUUUACUAUGUUGCACCCUUUGACAAAACUUCUCUUCCAUCCAUCCGACACACCUCUGUUGAAAAACCUUUAUGAUGAUAACCAAAAAAUUGAACCACAGUGGUACUGCCCAAUUAUUCCCAUGGUUCUUGUAAAUGGUUGCGAGGGUAUUGGUACGGGUUGGAGUACCAAAGUUCCAAAUUUUAACCCCCGUGAAAUUGUUGAAAACAUAAAACGUAUGAUUCAUGGUGAUGAGCCAGUUGCUAUGUUCCCUUGGUACAGAAAACAUACUGGUGUCAUGGAUGUUGUGGGUGAAAGCAGAUUCGUUACUUAUGGAGAAGUGUCUGUCUUGAGAGAAGAACAGAUAGAAAUAACUGAACUUCCUGUUGGUAAAUGGACUACUGAUUACAAAGAGUCUGUUUUAGAACCGAUGUUGAAUCCUACUGGCAAUACUCAACCAAAAAUAACAGAUUAUAGGGAAUACAGCACUGACACAACAGUUCGCUUUGUAGUGUCUCUUUCAAAGGAUAACUUAGCCAAGUUUGAGGAAGAAGGCUUACAUAAAGUAUUCAAGCUUUACCAGUAUAUCCAUAUAUCUUGUAUGUGCUUGUUUGAUGAGAUGGGGGUCCUUCGCAAGUAUGAAACAAUUGCUGAAAUAUUGAAAGACUUCUUUAGAGUUCGUUUGGACCUUUACAAAAAACGCAAGUCAUAUAUGGAAGGUUAUUUGGAUGGACAGUCACGAAAGCUGCAAAACCAAGUAAGGUUUAUUUUGGAGAAAUGCAGUAACAAGUUGGUCAUUGAGAACAAAAAGAAAGCGGAAAUGAUCAGGGAGCUCCAAGCUCGUGGAUAUGAUUCAGACCCUGAGAAAGCCUGGGCGGCCAAACAAGGCAGAGAUUCAAAUGAUGAUGAAUCUGAUGUGGCUGAACAAGAAGAUGGUCAUGAUUUCAAUUACCUACUUGGCAUGUCAUUGUGGUCUUUGACUCAUGAAAAGAAAGAGGAACUCCUGAAGUUGAAAGAUGAAAGAAUGAAGGAGCUCAGUGAUCUUCAAUCCAUGUCACCUGAAAAACUUUGGAUUAAAGACCUUGACAUCUUCCUUCAGGAGCUGGACAAGUGGGAAGAAAAAGAGAAGCAUGAAUCCAAGAAGAUGCCUGUUGUCGCGAGUGCCGGCGGGAAGAAGGGGGCUGGUAGAGCCAAGAAGAACACCACUGUGCAUGGAGACACACUGCCAGAUCCAAACGGGCGGCGCAUCCCCCCGUCUAUGGAUGAGGAGUUGCGCAAAAAGGCGGAAAAACUGGACGCUGCCAAGGCCAGGCCACCAGGAGCAACAGGCCGCGCUAAGAAGCGAAAGAGUGAUGGAGCAGAAGUAAAGGACGAUUUGGAUCUCUUGAUUGAAGCAUCCUCAAAGUCACUGAAAGACCGUGUUGGCACAUCUCCUGAAGCCAUUGAAAAGAAAGCCAAGGGCGCCUUAAAGCAGACUAAACUUAACUUCAAGAAAAAAGAUUCUCCUAAGAAGAAAACCACCUGGAAUUCUGAUGAAUCUGAUAUUGAUGGAGAUCUUUCUGAUGUUGAUUUUGAUUCACCAGUUAGAGAAAGAGGUCCCAGACGAACGGCUGCAUCCAAGGCCAAUUACAAGCAAAUGCUUGGUGAUAGCGACAGUGCUGGAACUGACGAUGAAGAUUUAGUAUUUAGAGAUACUAACAAUGGCACAAGUCCUUCCGCACCAGAAAAUGAAGGACACAUUAUUGUGAGCGAUACUGAUGAUGAAUUUGAAUCCAAGUCCAACUCGAAGAAGGCCAAGAAGGACAAUGAAUCUGACGAAGAAGAUAUCUUUGAGGAUGUGCCUAAGCCUGCAAAAUCUGCACCAGCGAAACAAUCUUCUGACCAAAUGUUUGAUUCACUCUUCUCUGCUGGUGAUUCACAAGAUGAUGAUGCCCCUCCUAGCAAACCAGCUGAUGAUCCAAAAAAGAAAGCUCCAGCUAAAAAGCGCCAGCUUCUUGCCAAAGAACAGCCUGAAAAGAAGAAAGCACCUCCCAAGAAGCGUGCCAAGAAAGGGUCUGAUUCUGAUGAGGAAAUUUUUGGAUCUUCUAAAGCAGCAGGAAAGAAGACUAAAAAGAAGUAUAAUUCUGACAGUGAAGACAAUAUGUCAGAUUCAUUUGAAGUUAAGGUAUCAUCUAAAGCAACAACAGGUCGCGCUCGGAAACCAGUUUCAUAUAACUUUGGAAGUGGAAGUGACAGUGAAUAACAAUUCUACUCCUGAUUGGUGUACCUUUAUCACACCUAAUGGUUGCUAAUUUAAAACAGGUUUUGAAUUCUUGGUGAGUGCCACUUUUUACUUAAAACGAUGUAUAUCUUGUAAUGCAAGUGGCCAACCAGUACGAGAAUUCUUCAACCCCAAUUAUUUAUUGAUCUAUGUUUUCAAGCCAGUGAUUUUAACUCUACGUAUAUUAUUUAAGUAAUGUCCCCCUAAAACUUUGGUUCUGUCCUGUAAAAUUUCUUUAUCUUCAAAAAUAUUCAACAUAGAGUAUUGUAGGAAUUUCUGAGACUUUUUUCUUCCCUAAAUCAGUUUUGAUCCAAAGAGGCUUGUCCUGAGUUCAUCAAAUGCUCUAAGUUUAUUUAUUAAAAAUAGAUUUUUGCCGGUGUUUUAAGUACUCCUUUCUUUUUGCUACUGUAGUUUUGAUUCUUGAUCAUUUAUGUAUUGAAAGCUUUAAGCUAUUUUGAUAUAUUUUGGUUGUGUGCCUUAUGUGGGACGUGCUUUAAAGAAGAUUGUUUCUCUGAGACACAUUUUUCUUUACAGUACAUUCUAUAUAUAUAUGUAUAUAUUAUUUAAGUUUUUAAUGCAAUGUCUGUCCUCUGACCAUGUGUCAGACUGUGUACAACCUCAUUUUUACAAAAUAAACCUCUAGAUCUUAA